UCAAAGCUGUGAAAUCCUGUUUGACGUGCCUGGCCACUUAUUGUGAAACACAUGUCAAGUCAUACUAUGAGGUUGCUGCUUUCAAAAGACACAAGCUGAUCAAUGCAAUUGGAAAUCUGGAGCAGAAGCUUUGUGCUGAACACUAACGAGUUUUGGAGGUCUUCUGUAGAACUGAUGAGAUGUGUAUUUGCUUGUUGUGUACACAAAAUGAACACAGGAGCCAUGAUACAGUCUCAGCUGAGACACAAAGGACUGUGAAGCAGAAGCAGCUGGGAGAGGCACAGACUGAAAUACAACAGAGAAUCCAGGAGAGACUGAAAGAAGUGGAGGAGCUGAAACAGGCUGUGGAGUCACUGAAAAGAUCUGCAUGCAUAGAAAUAAAGGAAAGUGAGAAGAUCUUUACUGAGCUGAUCAGAUCCGUUGAGAAGAUCCACACUGAGGUUAUUGAGCUUAUUGGAGCUAACGAGAAGGCUGUAGUGAAUCAGGCUGAAGGACGAAUGAAGAAACUGGAGCAGGAGAUUGCUGAGCUAAGGAGGAGAAACACUGAUCUGAAACAGCUUUCAGAGACAGAGGAUCACAUCCAUUUUCUACAGAAUGUCCAGUCUCUCUGUGCCCCUCCUGAAGCUGGAGACUUACCCAGCGUUACUAUCAAUACAGAUAUCUCUUUUGGGGCUGUGAGGAAAGCUGUGUUUGAACUUAAAGACCAUAUUGAGGACUUCUGCAAGGGGGAAUUAGAAAACUUAAACAAAACAGUGAAUGAAAAAGCGGUUUAUGCCCUGGGAUCUAGGAGGCGUGCUAGAACUUUGAAAGUGAAUGAAAAAGCAGUUUAUGCCCUGGGAUCUAGGAGGCGUGCUAGAACUUUGAAAGUGAAUGAAGUUGCAGUUUACUGUCUGCAGGAUCCAGAGCCAAGGAACAGAGCUGAGUUUUUAAAAUAUUCCUGUCAGCUCACACUGGACCCCAACACAGCACAUAUACAGCUCUGUCUGUCUGAAGGGAACAGAAAAGUGACAUGGGGAAAGGGCCAGCGAUGUUCUGAUCACCCAGAGAGAUUUGACAGCUAUGCCCAAGUGCUUUGCAGAGAGGGUUUGACUGGGACUCACUGUUACUGGGAGAUUGAGUGGAAUGGGGAAGAGGCUGAUAUAGGAGUCACAUAUAGUGGAAUCAGCAGGAAAGGAGGGGAUGAUUCCUGUCUCCUUGGAUUCAAUGACAAGUCCUGGAGUUUGUGCUGCUCUGGUUUUAGUUACACCGCACAACAUAAUAACAAUGAAACUGCAAUAACUGCCCCCCACUUCCCCAGAAUAGGAGUGUAUCUGGACUUUAAUGCCGGCAUUCUGUCAUUUUAUGGAGUCUCUGACACAAUGACCCUCCUGCACAGAUUCCAAACCACAUUCACUGAGCCGCUCUAUCCUGGGUUUAGGCUUGAUUGCUAUGAUUCCACUGUAACAAUAUGCCAAAAGAACUAGCUAUAAUUCCCACAAGAAGUACUGAUAAGUAUCUCUUAAGGUGAUUGUAGCUAACUAAAUAAUUACAGAAUGUGUACCUAUAUUGCACUUCCAUUAGCUACAGAGAUCUGGUGCUACCUUAGGUUAAAGAAAGUUCUCAGUUUCUAUAGCUUAUUCUCAGGGUGUGUUUUACUAUAGCAGGUGUUUCUUUCAACCCUGCACAUAUGAGACCUAUACAACGAAUGGAAGUGCACAGCUGCUGAGAUGCAUGGGAUUAUUUUGCCAGCUCCAAUCCCUAUCAAUGUCAGGUCGUGUAAAUAGCAGCUCACAAUACUUGCCAUGUCAAAGGCAUGUCAAUAUAGUUUCUAGCAGAUUCCUGUCUACAGUAGCUGAAUAGAGCUUGAACUUAGUUAGUUAGUUUAGUUAUUGAAGUUUAUGGUUACACUUUAUAUGAAGGUGUCAUUUUUAAAUACUGUAUUAACAUGUUCUAGAUGCUUAAAGAUUAAUUAUAAUGUUUUUUAUAAUUUUAUAUUAGCUGUAACUAAACCAGGACAAAUCACAUUAA